UCUUUUUAGAUUUUUGGUGUAUUCGUCUGGAUGUAACAGGGACAAACUUAUACAUGAACGUUUUUUAAAGUUGUUUUCAGAGCUGUGGGUAUUUGUAAUUACUACUAAAUUCAUUCUCUGGGUCUAUUAACUAAUUCAGAGAGCCCAUCAUCGAAUUUAGAAAUGAUGGAACGUUUAUUUGACGGUGUUAGCAGCACCUACUCGCCGUAGUAAGGCCUUUAAAUUGUAAUUGAAGCAUAAUAUCUGAAGGGGGCAGUAGUACGCUAAAUCGCCGUCUACAAUGUCGGAAAUAUAAACGAAGAAGAAGAACGCUGACCGGAAAUGCAGGGCAGCCAUCAUGCGUUGCCAUUUGCUAAAGCGCGACUAAAAAACGCGAACGUAGACUCUUGUCUUUGGUGUUUGUACAAUAUUUUCUAUCUCCACAGCAAAAAUGCCACAGUGUGUAGCAUACGAUUGUUCCAAUAAGUCCGGGAGAAGCUCUACAUGCACAUUUCAUCGAUUCCCGAAAGAUGAAAAAAUGUGCCGAGAGUGGGUCCGAGCGUUGAGGAGGAAGAACUUCACGGCGACGCCCGGUGUCACAUUGCUCUGCAGCGACCAUUUCCUGGAAGCCGACUUUGACCGAAGUGGCCAGACGACUCGGCUCAAGCAAGGCGUCAUACCGAGCGUCUUUAAAUUUCCUCUAUGGCUGCAAAAGAAACUGAAGGUGCGGAAAGCCGACAAACCCAUUUCGUCCGAACCCCAACCGGACUCGAAAGCCGCCGCGGUGUCGGCGACGCGACUUUCCGCGGCGGAUCACAACUACUGCCUUGACCCCGACCCCCGAAAAGUGAAGCGCAAGCUGGACAGCGCCCAAGACACCAUCAGAAGCCUUCAGAGAAAAAUGAAGGUUUCUCAUCAGAAAACGCGACGUUUGAGGAAAAGGGUGGAGAGCUUGACGAGCAUUUUGAAAGACCUGAAGAGCAACGGCAAGGUUUCGGACGAUAGCGCCCAGAUUCUGGCUUCAACUUUUCUGGAGUCCUUCACACUCUCCUUAAUUGAGGAGUCGACCGACGACCAAUUGCCGACUUGACUCGAGACGCCGGAUUCCUCGCUUGGUGGCAUGUAAAAAUUGUUAUUCACUGCUGCUUUCAGUUUUAUAAACUGUGUGAUGUACUGAAACUCACAAAAGGCACAAUAAUAGACUUUCAAAUGGAAACAGAAUGACUUGUCAUGUCAUUGAAUUCAAGUCAAACUAAGUCUCAUGGAUGCCAAGUCAGCUUGAGUCAAGACUUUGUAGUAAAAAUAGCAAUUUAACCUGGGUCAAGUUGAUCCGUUUGGAAGAUGUAGAAAUUAAUAAAUUCAACUUUGUCUCUUAGCCUGUUUUUCAUGUUAGUUUUUUUUAAAUAUACACCAAAAAAAUGCAGCACGUUAUGUUGUUGUUGCUUUUUGUUUUUCGUGGUCCCAUGAACGUUGUUUGGAAACCAACAUAGUUAUUAAGUCAACUUGAGUCCAAGUCAUGAGAUUGGAGUUGUUUGGAUGCAAUGGGCAACAAAGGAAGUUCAUACUUUACAAAUUUGAAAGAAUUUACAUUCCUGCUAAAUUCCUGAUAUUAAUCUGAUCUGGAUUUAUUUUUCCGCAGUACAUCAUUGUACAUAAAAAUAAUGUCAUUUUGGCACUGUUACAUUUGAUUAUAGCACUUUAAAUGUUUAUAUGAGGUCCCUAAAUUAACACGUUUUGGUUACAGAUUAAUAUCAAACACGUCAUGCAAUACGUCAUGUAUAUUCAUCUGUCUUUGUUGCGCUCUAAUGAUUAAACUCAACUAUCAGAAACGCUGGACUCGUUUUCCCAGGAUGCACCGCUCCUCAGUGACGUUUCAGGCUACUACCAAUGACGCAUCUUUAUGACGUCAUUCCGAGACCGCUUUUCUUUGACCGACUGACCCGUUCGCUAUGCGAGCCAAGUGGAGAAAGAAGCGCAUGCGCAGACUGAAGCGCAAAAGGAGAAAGAUGAGACAGAGGUCCAAGUAAGAUGAUCCCGAAUUCAGCCACUUGCCCAUUUUUCGAUCGACGGACGGAUGGAGAAUGCAGCAGGAGUGUCUCGUGGAAGUCUUAACAUCUAAAAGCGUGUCCUCAACACAAUGAGUUGACGCCUGCAGGUUGAUGAUGGACUUUUCCUCUGGACUCUCAUCCUGGACUUUCUGGUCUUUCAACUUUGCUUCGUUGUUCAACCUUUUGUGUUUAUGUUAAAUAAAGGUUUGGGUGUAGAAA